AUGCCCUACGUCCACUACAGGCACACGCGGUCCCGCUCCCGCUCCAACGAGCGCACUCCCAUCCACACUUCCAACCACACCCCCACCCACAUUGCCCGCCCACUCGUCCGCCACUCCUCCAAACACAACCUCUCCUCCGACUCCGACGACGGCUACGACGACUACCCCUACGCGCCCAACCACAAGCCCUCAAAGCCAUCCCGUGCCCUAACCCUCCGCAACGAACCCUCCCAGCUAGAACGCUACAACAUCUGGUCCGACCGCUCCAAGCCCGCCGACGAGCGCCACGAAAACGACUACCAAGCAUCUCUCCACCACCACCACGACCGCAUUCGGGAUAUCGACGACGUUGAUGACGAAGAGGAACGUGCCUUCCGCCUCAAAGUCCAGGCUAGCUUCUCACACACUCGUCCCCCGUCGCCGCCUCGCACUGCGCAUGCCUGGCCCGGCGCCUUGUUCCGCCGACGAGAGAAGUACGUCGAUGAAGCGUUUGAGGCGCGCGAGCGAACUAAGUCCCCGCCUCGGCGUCGAGUGUCGUUCUGGGAUGAUAAGAAGGUGGAUGUAGGCAAGGAGGAAGAUGACGAGGAGGAGAAGUGGUUCAGGUACAGGCGCGUGAAGAGGACGCGGACGCAGGAGUGGAGGCCGCUUAGCGGGUGGAGGAGGGGAUGA